CUCGGUCCACCAAGUCACACCAUGAAGGCCUACAUCGUCGCCGCCCUGCUGGCUGUAGCCGCCGCUGAGACGGCCUAUAAGGGCCCCGAGCCCGCCUACGGAGCUCCGGCUUACAAGGCCCCGGCCCCGGCCUACAAACCGGCUCCUUCCUACGCUCCGGCUCCGAGCUACAAGCCCGCUUACAAGCCCGCUCCGACGUACGCCCCGGCCCCUGCCUACAAGCCCGCCUACAAGCCCGCUCCGACCUACGCCCCGGCUCCCGCCUACAAGCCCGCUUACAAGCCCGCUCCGACCUAUGCCCCGGCUCCCGCCUACAAGCCUGCCUACAAGCCGGCCCCUUCUUACGCCCCAGCCCCCGCUUACAAGCCGGCCCCCGCCCCUGCCUACAAGCCCGCCUACAAGCCCGCCCCGUCUUAUGCGCCGGCUCCCGCCUACAAGCCCGCCCCGUCUUAUGCGCCGGCUCCCGCCUACAAGCCCGCCUACAAGCCGGCCCCGGCCUACCAUGAGCCCGCCUACAAGCCCGCCAAGGGAUACGGCCACCAGGAGGACUACUCUGAGCCCCGCCCUUACCAGUUCGACUACGCCGUCAACGACCACUACAACGGCGCCGUCUUCUCGCAGAACGAGCACGCCGACGACUACGGUAACGUUGAAGGCUACUACUCUGUCAACCUGCCCGACGGCCGCGUCCAGCACGUCAAGUACGUCGCCAACGACUACGGCAACAACGCUGAAGUGACCUACGAAGGCGAGGCCCAGUUCCCCGAGUACCAUCCGGCCCCCGCCUACAAGCCUGCGCCCGCCUACAAGCCCGCGUCCGCCUACAAGCCCGCCUACGCUCCGGCCCCCGCCUACAAGCCCGCGUACAAGCCGGCUCCGUCGUAUGCUCCUGCUCCUGCGUAUAAGCCUGAGUACUAAGAGGGCUGAACUGUCAUAGAAGCCAAACUGGCUUCCACACGAGGCUGUAUUUAAAGUGUACAUAAUGAACAUUGGAAACAUAAAUGAUGUAGUGCUCACAAGACGUGCUAUUUAGUGUCGGGUGUAAAUAUACGUUAUUUAUGCAUCA